GGUCCAACCCGUUACUAGCGUGGUGUACCUAAUAAAGUGGCCGGUGAGUGUAUUAUCUGCUGCAGGUAGGAUGCUGUCUCCGCAGCGUGUCUCAGCCAUCACUUCCCUGCCCCGCCCUGUCACAAAGAAGCAGUUGAUGUCUUUUCUGGGUUUGGUCGGCUAUUGUAGACAUUUCAUCAUUAACUACUCACAGUUAGAAUGGCCACUUAGAGAAAUUUGUCACGCCCCUGGCUUGGUACCGUCUGGUGCUGUUUCUUGGUCCCCUGAAGGAGAUGAAGCGUUUGUGGCUUUGAAAAAGGCCCUGCAGAGUGCACCAUGUCUGGGAACUGCAGACACGACACUGCCAUUUUAUCAGCAUGUCGACGAAAGAUCUGGCUGCAUGACCUCGGAGCUGAGCCAGAUGCAUGGUGAUAAGAUGAGACCUGUGGCUUUCUUUAGCGCUAAACUAGACGCAGUAGCUGCUGGGUUGCCUAAAUGUUUGUGCGCUGUCGCAGCAGCUGAAAUAGCGAUUUUAGCAUCACGUGACAUCGUGGGGUAUUCAGAUCUGACCUUGUUUGUCCCCCACGCUGUAGACCAGAUUCUAAAUGAACAAAAAACAUCACAUCUUAGCGCAUCAUGUUAUACGCGUAAUAUUGCGUGUCUCCUCGAAAGCCCUAAUGUCAAAGUGCAUCACUGCUCAGCUCUAAAUCCAGCAACGCUGGUCCCUUUGUCCGACGAAGGACUCCCUCAUGACUGCGUCGCACAGUUAGAGCUGAGCUGCAACCCUUGUCCGGACCUGUCUGAUAAACCUCUGAGUCUACCUGAGGCUCACCUGUUUGUAGACUGUUCAGCACGACGGGACAUGGGAACAGGUGAAAAUAAGGUUGGUUUUGCUGUGGUGAAUGAGAAUGCUGAUGUGAUCUGCUCGUCCUCAUUACCAAGUCACCUAUCUGCUCAAGCAGCAGAACUGAUAGCGCUAACAGAAGCGUGCAGAUGGGCAGAAAAUAAAAAAGUAAACAUUUACACUGACAGCAGGUACGCAUUCGGGGUGGUGCAUGAUUUUGGGGCACUUUGGAAACACAGGAAAUUUCUGAAAAAUCUGAUUUUCACCAAUCUUGAAUCAUAAGCAGGUGGCUGCACUGCUGGAAGCCAUCCUUUUGCCAAAACAGAUAGCAGUCUGCAAAUGCACUGCUCACUCGAAUGGCACUGACCCAGUUUCUGUUGGGAACAGAGCAGCUGACAGUGCAGCAAAGAAUGCUGCGUACGGCCCACAAGUAUUUACAUUGUUUGAAGAUAAGGCUGCAGAAGCCUGCUCGUUGAGAGACAUGCAAACUUUUUCCACUUCUACAGAGAGGCAAGCCUGGAAGAAAGUAGGUUGCAGUUUUGAAAAUGACACCUGGGUGGGCCCAAACUCUAAACCUUGUCUGCCAAAACAUUUUUUCAAUCAUUUUGCAAAACUGUCCCGUGGUUUAGAUCAUGCUUCUAAGUCUGGCAUGGUUUCUAUGGUAAACAUUCACUGGUUUGCCCCUGGUUUCACAACUGUUGUUCGGAAAUACUGUCAGUCCUGCAUGAUCUGUGCUAAACUAAAUGCAGGGAGACUGAUUAAAGCUAAAACUGAAGCAGCCCAUCCUGCACCUUCAUGACCUUUUGAGCAUUUAAUGAUGGAUUUCAUUGAGUUAAGUCCAGCUAAAGGGAAGAAAUAUUGUUUGGUUUUUGUGGACAUGUGGUCAAAGUGGGUGGAGGCAUUCCCAACGUCUACACAAACUGCUUCUGACGUCGCCAGGUGCCUGUUGACUGAAAUAAUUCCCCGCUGGGGGAUUUCUGAAAAGAUCUCAAGUGAUAACGGUAGACAUUUUGCCAAUGAAACCAUUUCUCAGCUAAGUAAAUAUCUAGGCAUUGACCUUAAAAAGCAUUGUGCUUACCAUUCGCAGAGCGCGGGUGCAGUUAAACAGGAAAAUGGCACGAUAAAACAGAAACUGGUUAAGUGCUGCACUGAAACAGGUUUAACCUGGCCAAAGGCUUUGCCGCUGGUCCUUUUCUACAUGAGAGCAAGAAGGAGGAGCAGGUGUAAUCUUAGUCCUUUUGAAAUCAUUUUUGCAGUACCACCAAAUGUGGGCUUGCACCCUGAAAUAUCAGCAGUCUCAUUCACAAAUCUGUGUGAAGAUAAGAUGCUGGCCUAUUGUUCUAAAUUGUCCUCUCUUUUUGACUGUGUUCGUUCGCCGGUAAAAGCUGCUCUCCCGACCCCGGCGGACCACCCCCUCCAUGACCUGAGGCUUGAUGACCACAUCCUGGUGAAGAACCUCAGACGGACGCCAGUCUGAGGAACCUCAGAUGGGCGUCCUGGAAAUCCGACCAUUGGCUGGGGCCUUUCCAAGUUCUCCUGGUUACCCGGACGGCCGUGAAGAUCGCCGAGCGAGCGACUUGGAUCCACAUCACCCAUUGCAGGAAGGUCCUGCACCCCCCAGAGUAGCACCGGACGGCACUACUCCUACAUCUGAGCACGAGGCCACUGCUACAACAUCGGCUCCUGUUUUGUGAUCGGCUGAUCACAUAUCCUUUGAAGUG